CUGCAAAGUCUCUAUUUUGAUCACACCGAGCUGAGCUGCAUCGUGAUUGUGGGGUGUUGAGCCGAGGCCAAGGCCGGCAUCAAGGAUCAGAAGCCGCUGGGAUUCGGCUCCCGACGAUCCUGCCGCAACCAGCGCGGAUCGGCACCAGGCCAAAGAAGUCUGUUCCUGCAUCUAACACCGAAAUGCCUUGUCAUAAUUACGUGGGGGUUGUGCUCGGCGAUAAGCGCGCCCCAAACGGUGGGUUUCCUGUGCUUGUUCGGAUAUUGGUGUCCCGCAUAUCACGGCACCGCCUCACUUCCACCGCAUGUAUCCGCAAUCCUUUCGGCGCUGCGGUUCGAAUGCGGCAAACCCGUCGGGGCUAGUUACACGGCAGAAUAGCGUUGGGAUGCCGUCGGCAACUAUACAUACGGCCACGCAUAUCCGCUUCAGCUGGACAAAGAUUCCUCCCACUAGCACUAGCCGCGUGCUGAGCAAGCCGGACAAAUCUCAGCAGAAAGGUUCCCACCAUGCUGCGCCAGACCGCGUGGAGCAAGAUCGCCGCCGUCGGCCUGCUGUGCUUAGCGGCGGUGGCCGAGGCCAAGUACGUCAGCUACCCGCGGCCGUCCAUCUACACCAAGUCGGCGCACUUCUCGCUCAAGGUCAACGGCACCUACGUCAACACCACUAACUACGCCGGCUAUGACUACGUCCACAUCUCGAUGGACCAGGGCUACCGCACCGAGUUCCGCAUCGCCAUCACGGACCAGCCCGCCAUCACGGCCUACACCAUCUCCCCGAAGCGCCUGCCCAUCCAGGCCCGGGUCGAGGGCAAAGAGCUGAUAUUCUCGCUGAUCAAGGCGCACUACCUCAUCGUGCGGCUCAACGACUCCAAGAACACAAAGGGCUUCGUGGUCAUGAUCGACCCCGUCGAGGAGAACGUGCCCCAGCCGCGCGGGAACGGCAUCUUUAACGUGCUCGACUACAAGGCAGACAGCACGGGCAAGGCCCUUACCACGGGCAUCCAGGCGGCCGUCAACGCCGCCAAGGCGCAGCCCGGCAGCGUCGUCUACGUGCCGCCGGGCGUCUACCUGACCGGCAACCUGGUGCUGCCCAGCCGCACGUCGCUGUACCUGGCGGGCGGGGCCGUGCUGCGCUUCACGGGCGUCAUGGCCGACUACAAGAUGAUGUACAAAAAGUCGGACCUGUUCCCGGGCACGUGGUGGAUCACGACCGAGACCGGGUCCAGCGACGUCAAGGUGUACGGGCGCGGCACCAUCGACGGCAACGGGCAAAAGACGCGCGACAACAAGUUCAUGGCCAGCAUGCUGGUCCCCGCGGGCACGACCAACUUCCGCGUCGACGGCGUCCUGGUGCGCGACAGCUCCUUCUGGGGCGUCAUGGCGGUGCAGUCCGAGGGCGUGUACAUGGUCAACCUCAAGGUGCUGAACCGCUUCAGCAUCACGCAGAACGACGGCGUCGACAUCUGCGAGUCCACGAGGGUGACGGUCCGCCGCUCCAUCGCCGUCGCCAAGGACGACAGCUUCUCGACCAAGACGUGGCCCGAGGACGUCGGCACCACGGUCCCUUACCCCUACCCUCCCCGCCCGCUCGCCGACGUCGUGUUCGAGGACUGCCUGGCCUGGACCGAGUGCUUCGGCUACAAGGUCGGCGAGGGCGUGUGGCAGCGCCAGAGCAACGUCACCUUUCGCGACAGCGUCGUGCACCGCGCCGGCGUCGGGCUGGGCGUGCACCACAAGUUCGGCAGCGCCGCCGCCGACUCGGUCACGUUCGACAACAUCGACAUCGAGAAUCUGGGCGGCUCGCCGGGAGGCUUCGCGUCGUGGCUGAUAGCCUACGUUAACAAUGUCAACCAGGGCGUCGGCCCCAUCACGCGCCUGACCGUGAGCAACAUCCGCGCAAGGAAGCAAGGGGGUAGGGACGGGUACCUGCAAGGGAGCGGGCCUUCGGCCAUGGUCAGCGGCGCCACGUUCCGGAACGUGUACAUGGGGGACAGCAAGACGCCGGCCAAGACGCUCAAGGAGAUGAACAUCCUCAAGACGGCGUACUCGGAGAAGGUCCGGAUUAUCAACCCUUGAGAGUAGGGUCUCGGCGUGGAUGGUGGAGUUGUGGUUGGUGCAGCCAGACCCCUGACUUGACCUGUGGGGAGGGUGAACAAAGCCGCAACUCAGGGUGUGCUGGCGGUAGCUCUGCUGGGAUGAAGGUAGCCUCAAACAUGACUCCAAUACCUAAUGAAUACACUCUACAAACGCAUGCUGCACGGCAGGAAUCUGGGCCACUGAUGGCAAGCGCCUACUGAUUUGGAUACGCAGCCCAGUCGUUGACGCGCAAGGUGUCCAACCAAUUCUAAACCGCCCAGGCGGCCCACUUGGCAGACAGGGACAAUACCUCGCGCGCAUUCUCAAUCCUUUCGCCGGUCCGGAUUGUCCCAACUGCGUGCGGGCUGCGAUGAGCCCGCCGUCUCAUAUCCCCGAGCAUCUUUACAGCAGCAUUCCCCAGACCUCCCGAGCGUUCUAUCCCGUUCUACAUCUUCUGACCCCGCAACUUGUAUUCCUUCUGCCCGAAUACGCAGAGCAACAUGUAAUCUGGCGCGAGGUAGACACGCCCAAUUUGGAAGCCACGAUGACGAGUACUUUGGAGGGAGGGUUGCAUCGUGGUCUCUCAUUCCCGGCGGGGUCGUCCCUAAGAUGCGGGGGGUUUGGUCAAUGCGACUCAUGGUCUCUUCAAGGAGGGCGUCGUCGGAGGGACAGACAACUACCGAAGUAGGUCUGGCGUCCACGGAAAUAACAAGGCCAAACCGGCAUAAGGUUGUCCCCUGCAACUACCAACAUUCUCCGCCAGGACAAGUGGAGAAGCAUGAAGGCUUGUUUCGACUCCUGAAAU